GACCAGCUGGCCGGCCAGGCGGUGCGGGUCUCGGCGGCCUCCGGGUGCUUCCGAGCGCCGGCUCGCGGAGGGCACGAUGAGCCGCAUCUACCACGACAGCGCCCUGCGGAACAAGGCGGUGCGCAGCGCGCGGCUGCCGGGCGCCUGGGAGCCCGGCGCCCACCAGGGGGGCAGCGGCGUCCUCUUGGAGGGAGAGCUGCUGGAUGUGUCUCGGCACUGCAUCUUGGAUGCCCAUGGCAGCAAGGAGCGCUACUACGUGCUGUACGUCCGGCCCAGUCGCAUCCAUCGCCGUAAGUUUGACCCCAAGGGAAAGGAAAUCGAGCCCAACUUCAGUGACACCAGGAAGGUGACCACUGGCUUCCUCAUGUCGUCCUACAAGGUGGAAGCCAAGGGGGACAGCGACAGGCUCACGCCCGAGGAGCUGAUGGCACUGGUGAACAAGCCCCAGCUGCUGGCGUUGACGGAGAGCCUGGCCCCUGACGGGACUGUGGCGUUCUGGAUGCCUGAGUCAGAGAUGGAGGCCAUGGAGCUGGAGCUGGGGGCCGGGGUACGGCUGAAGACUCGGGGAGAUGGUCCCUUCCUGGAGUCAUUAGCCAAACUUGAGGCUGGUACGGUGACCAAGUGUAACUUCGCUGGCGACAGCAAGACAGGUGCCUCCUGGACAGACAACAUCAUGGCCCGGAAGUCCUCGGAAGCGGCCGCGGUGCAGGUCCGCGAGCAGGGAGAUGGAGCUGCGGACGAGGAGUGGGAUGACUGAGUUACCGGGACAUGGACACCUCCUGAGCCCACCAGCACCUUCUACAACACAAGUGGGAAUGUCUUCCAUCCACUACUGCCACCUGGAGCUGAAGCCCACCGAGCCUUACCUGGUUCCUCCCGACGGCUGCCUUGCCUUAUUGCUUGAACAGGCUCUGCUGAAACCAAAUCCGAGGCCGUGACAUUGGCUGUGGGGCCCUCGCUGUGGCUCGCGGCGGGUCCUUCCCUGCCCAUGUGCAGGACAAGCCUUCCUGGAUGGCAGCCUUGCUUCAGGGGCAGGCGGAGGGCAACUUCCCCUUGAGCUGCCCGGAGGAGCUGGACUCGGGCUUGGUGCAGACUUGGGGAGCAUCCCAUGUCCAUGUGCAGAGUGGCUCAGAGAAGUCAGGGGGUUCCCUGCUCCAUCUUUGUUGCCUCCUACUUUCCUUCCACUCCUUCCCCCUCCCUGGUGCUCCGUGCCGUGGCCUCUGCUGCCCUGAUCACCUCGCCCUUGGGUGCUGGUUCUUUCUCCCUCCCCCGACUGUCUCCGGGGCCUCCCUGGCUACGUUCCUGGAGGAUGCUGUUGGCAGGGAGGCCGAUGGUGUUCACAGGCAUGGCUGGCUGGUCUGCCUCGCUCAGGUUCACUCUGCCAAGGCCACAUUUGGAGAACACUUUUGUGGUUGUUUUGUACCUUGAGAACUUUAUAUGAUGAGUAAAUCC